CCAAAAUACAGUCUUCUGCAAACCUUUUUAUGCAUGGGACUAUAUAUUAAUAAGAUUCCAUAUAAGUCACCCCAAUAACCUGGGUGCAAAUACUUUAUAAGUCAUGUGUGUAUCUAGCCAACCUCUUUCAGCUCCUGAAAGCAAAUGACAUGCAUCAUUUUGCACACAAACCAUAUGAUCAGCGUGUUUCAAACUGAUUUCAUUACAAUGUCCCAGUUUGUUCAUUCUCUUACUGGCACUAACUGGCUACCGUAGGCCACAGUGUGGUGGAAGCAAGGCUGAAUGUGGCCUGAUUGAUGGCAUGUUCCUUGUAGAGCUAGGUAAAAUGGCGUAUUGUGGCAAUCUAAUUCUGCUACAUUCAGCAACUCGUGCUCAAACAACUUCAUAGUUUCCCUAUAUGGAUGGACUGGCCAUAGAAACCCCACCCCCUCCCUAUAGUUACCAAAUGGAGCAAAUUCCCAUACAGACAAAUUGUUGUACAUGACAGGUAGCCAUUUUACCAGCGAAUUGAUUAGCCGUCUUAAGAGCUUUGCAUAUCAGUGGGAUCUACACAAACUGCGUAAAGAGCAGUGCUUUAUCUGCAGUGUUUUUUAGUUGUUCUUUGUAGUUUACUCUAACCAGUGUAGCGUGACUAUCUGACUAAAAAUAAUGGCCUGAAAAGUAUUUGCAAAGAUGGGUAUCUGAAUUUUUGGUCUGUUUGGGAGAAUACCUGCCAGACUGCUGUUGUCUAAAGCACAGCCAUGGCCACACUCCUGGGAGUACAUUUAAAAAUACAGGUCUUUUUUUUUUUUUUUUUUUUUUUUUUUUUUGUAAAAUAUAUUUUUAAAAAACCCACCUGUGCUGAAUAUACACAAAUUGUGAUUGCUAGGGCUGGGCAGUGAUACCAUUCAUCAUUAUAUAAUAUUGAUGUCACAAUACACUUUUCUGAGCUAUCACCACUGUGUGGAUUUUUUCACUGUUGUUUUUUUAAAACAACAAUUUCUUCUGAAUCAUUAUUGAAUAAUUUAAAUGUUAAAAUUGUAUGGAAUUCCCCCCUUUCUCUUUUUCAGAGUUGAUAUUUAAUGUCUAAAAAAAUAUAUUUUUUAUCAUAGAAUUCAGGGUUUUUUUUUUUUUUUGGCCAACACUACUGUUUUGCAGGCUUAUAUAUUGUGAGUCAUAUUGUAGAAAUGUACUCAAGUAUCAUGAUAUAUUUGUCUGAACCAAGAAAUUUAGGCAGUUUAGUGUUAUGGUCGCCAGCAAAGAUAGACAAGUUAAGUGGAACAAAGGCUCUUUAUGCAGUUGGUGUAAGCACUGAGAGCACAGAGGUUGCUCGUACUGCAGUGAAUACAAAGGAUGAUUUGCACGCAGGAGGGCUGCUGUAUUCUACAUAGCUUUGUUCAGUUGUGAAAGAGUGACCAAAUCAGCACUCACAGGAGUUACAUGUACUAGCCCUGUAUUUUGGAUAUGAUUGAGCUGGAUCACGUGACGAAUCAGAGGACUGUCACAGAACAACAGACUGGUGAUUUUUGAUAUAUAUUUGUUUGAUUCCAUCUGUUCAACAACACUUAAAAAUUAACAUGAACGCAUUUUUAGUCCCAAAAAAGGUUUCAUUAAGAAUGGAAGGCAACAAUGUAGUUACAUGAGGUUUUUAAAUCCAUAUCAGUGUGAACAUGGUCUCAGGUUUACUAGCCACAUAAAAGUUUCAUGAGAUAUGGCUGAUGUUGCAGCAUCAACAGAAAGAGCUCACCUUGAGACUGAGUAACAGCAUGGGAUUAGAUUGUGAAGAUUUGUCUUUCCUUUUUAAAAACUUUAGAAGUGAGCUUGUUCCUAGAUGGUAGAGUGCUGCAGGAAUGAGUCUUAAAAUCUGGAAAGGAGUUCGCAUUUUAGCACUUCCUGUUCCAUCGUCCAAAAGACAGUGGGUCAAUUGCACAUAAUAAGGUCUGUGUUUAACACAAGCUCAAGAUAUUUUCAUGUUUUAUUCUGGGACAUAAAAGACAUCAGUAAUACCCUACUCAUGAUUUUUUUUUAAAGCUUUUACGUGUCUUGGAAAAAGGUGGUUGCUAACAAGUGGCUAAAUGGGAUUACAGAGGUUGUCGGACAUUAAACGGCAUCACGACUAACAGGAAAACUCAUCUACUACAGCCUCGGUGUGUUUAUACUCGCGCCCUUGCAAAUUAUUCCACGUCAAACAUUCCAACUUGGAGAUUUAUCAAAGUUAAAGUAUUUUCCAAUUGUAGUGUUUUUAAAUAAAGAUUGAAAUAGUUGUCGGAAGCUUAGUGGUGGUGAUGUUGAAGUCAUCCUAACUUUAGCUUUUUUACUUCUGCCGAUUUUGUAUUUAGGCUUCAAAAUUAAUAAAAUUUGUGAAGAUUAUCUUGAUGAACAAAACAUGUAAGAAUCAUUAACUUUUGAUCUUAUUCUACAAUGAUGUAAAAGCCAAUGGAAAAAUCCUAUUGGCUUUUUGUUGAGGGAACCAGCGUGACGCUAAUUUUCGGGUCGGCCUACAAGAAUACGUCAUCUCUACUGCACUCUGUUGUACGUCUCUUUUAGUGUGUUGCCUUAAUGUCCUAACUGGUAGCCCUGUAACUGCCUUCAGCUACUAUGUUGAAAACUGAGCCUUGGCUCUUUUGUUCAGAAGAGCUUCUGUACGUGUUGACGAAUAUUUUCCAAGAUCCAGAAUAUUCUACAAACACCUAACUCUCUUCAGAAAAUUGCUCCUAAAUAAUUUAAAGUGCAUUAGAAUUGGUGCCUUCAUGUGGAACAUAUAAUGAGGCGAGGCUUUCCCCUCAGACCACGGAAAGGCAGUGCUGGUCACCAUUACGGCUGGGAAAAGAGGUGGGAUCCUUCCCGAUGCUUGUCAGACAUCAUUAUAGUGCUCAAGCCUGGGACCAAUUAUGGAUUUCUUUUUUUUUUUCUGAUUUUUCUAAUGGUUUAUUAUUUCAGGCCCUCCCAGCUCAAGGUUUCUUUAUAUUCCAGGCAUGCACCAGCACCUUGUUUCUGAAGACUGGCCACCUCAGCUAGUUAGGCUUUUUUAAGUUCUUGCUAACUUCCACCACACAAUUCCCCAAGUUCACAAACUACGGGUGUAGGUUUAACUUGGAAAUUGGUAGGGAUGCAUGAACGUGAAGUUACCCUGAACCUAUAUGGGUAAUUUGGAAAAACAACCUAUCCAACAGUUGAAUAUGUGGUUUAAAUAUGCAUAGGCUGUAUGGUUUUUGCUAAUGAUCAACCAACACAUGCAUAUGCAAAUUAAUAUGCAAAGCUUGCAAAACGCGCACACACACACCAUUAACUGAGCCACAGACAUGUAUUCUAGCAGCCACGUAGUAACUGAAUCCACACAGAUGAAUAAAAACAAUUUAUUGGACUUUAAAGGACAUAGUCAUGCUUAAAUGGAAACUACAGUUAAUAACAAAUAUUAUGACAAUGAAGCAUAAUUUUGCCUACUGGAUUCAGUAUAUAUCUAGAUAAAUUUACAGCUAACUAGUUAAAAAGUAGGACCCUAGGCACAAUACUAAUCAGUCCAUACAGUUUUUUUGUGAUUGUUGUGGCCAUAAAUGUUUGAUUUUGCUGCAGAGUUUUCUAUACUUUUUUUUUUUUUUUGCAGAAAACUACAUGAAUUGGCGAAAUUGCAAUAGCAAGAAAUUGAUUUGCACUUUCUUUCGCGUUGAUGUUUGUUGAUAUGUGAGACCUUUUUAUCUAUACUCAUGUUUGACUCUGGUGAAUCGAAGAGGGCUUUGGCUGAAUUCGGAUGUUGCGUCCUGGCCCAAAUCUGUGGUAAUUUUGAAAAAUUCAAGCUCCUCCUAAUAUUGCGGAAUUUGCUCGAUUUUUCCCUUAAUUUCUGUGAUAACAAAAUUGCGAACUCCUGCAGGGACUGACUAAUAGCUAGUGCUUAAAAUGUGUAUCCCUUCCAUUGCUAGCAUGAUUAUUGCUAGCUUGGGGGGCGAGGCAACUUCCUCACUGAAAGCUCCUUAUCACAGUUGGGCAUUAUAUAGUCCAUAAAUAUGAUUUACCCACCAUAAUUACCAAUUCAGUUUCUCUUGUAAGAAUUCUUGGCUAAUGUGGGAAAAUGUUGGAAGAUGAACGAGAGAUGUACAUUUUCUGUGGUUGGUUGUUUUUCACAGGAUGCUAUGACCUCUGUAUGAAAAGGGGUUUAUGGCAUCCAUGUAAUAGAUUUCAGCUCUAGUUGACCUGAAUGCAGGUGGUCCACUGUACUGAAGGAUUGUUUACACUCUGUGUGUGUGUGUGUGUGUGUGUGUGUGUGUGUGUGUGUGUGUGUUGCUGACACAUAUCUCAGUGUGGAGUCUUUGCUUCAGCUAGAAGAUGGUAAUCGGACUCUAAAUGGAGAGUCGAUUUCACUUCCCAUAGACCAGAUUGUUACUAAGCCUGUCCAUGUAGUAAGAAGUGUAAUCUGAAACGGUGUUGGGUUUUUGUGUAUAUUAACCACUCUUCACUGCGGACAGAAAUGCUGAUAGAAUCUAAUAGUGUAGUUUAACAGUUUAGCUGUGCAAUGAUCUAAAUGUCAACUGGAUCAGGUCUUUUUUUUUUUUUCUUUUUUUUUUCUCCCUGUGGUUUUGUCUCAGGAUUUUCCGGCUUUGCCUCAUUACAACCCAGUCUUGAAACAAGGGCAAAUGCUUUCUGACUGGCAUUGUGCUGUGAUUGGCAUCCUGGCUCGAUCUCUCUGUGUGUCUGUGUGUGUGUGUGUUCGAGAGAGCAUAGGAGAAGGCAGGGGUUCUUUUUGGCUCUUUCCAUUAAGGAAAAAAAGAAGCAAAGCACCCUCCACUCUGGCUUGGUGUAGUUGCUGGCCAAUUUCCUGUUCCAGGUCAAUGAGUGUAUUGUACACUUUGCUUGUCCAGACUCCCACUUCCAAAUGUAAAGUGACCUUUUCAACUUAAGCAGAAGUUCCACAGCCACAAUGAUAAUCUGAUCAUUUUCCAGUGUAGAUGUUUAUCUCUUCUAGUCAAUUUCCUUCUUAGAGCUCAUAUGUUUUACAUUUUAUAUAUCAUGGAAAAUAUUGUUUCUUCUGAUGUUAUGUUUAUUAGACAUCUCUUUUGCUGGUUUUAUAAUUAAUAUGAUGAUAAAGGAAAAAUCUAAAACAACUUAUGGUAGAAAAACUAGAAUUACUAUAUAUUAAAAGCAUACUGUACACUCUUUUUCUAUAUCACUGUGUAAUUGUAAAUCAUUUUUUACAUUGGUUGUUGUACUUUCUCAGUUAACUUUUCCAAAAUUAGCAGAUUUUGAACUCCCAGCAGAAAUAAGUUAACCAUCACUUCAUUAAGUUAACAGGAAGAAAUGUAAUAUGUAGGUUUAUGAGCUCUUCUCGUAAACAGUAAAGAUCAAUUCAAAAAAGGUAGCAAAUUAUAUUAUUCCACUUCAUGGCUCAUCUCCUGUACACACCGGUGGCUUUAACAGAGAAAAUAAACAUAGUGUGGUGAAUAGGCCCCCUUAGCAGCUUAUAAUUGAACCUGACCCAGUCAUGCAAUUAAUUGCAACCCAUAAUAUUUGUGCAGCAGUGCGGUGUUGCGGUGCUAUGACCCCAGGAUUGGGGUCGUGAGCUGUCUGGUCAGGAGAGUCGUGUCUCGUUUAGGUCGAGUCUUGGUUGCAGUGUAACUUGAGAAUAAGUAUUUCUGUGGCUUACGCCCGAGCACUGGCUUCAGGAGUAAAAUACUUACCCAUCCUAAUUUGUUUCCAUUUUGUAAUUGAAAUGUUAGCAUGUUUUAUAAGUGCCUUAAACAUAUUACAUUUUGUUAGUUUGUGUUUUGAUUGAGAAUCGUGUUGCUACGUUCUGAGACUGGGAUUGUUCCUGUCUAGAGCUGUAAUAGUUUUGAUUCUGCUUUGAGUUGUUGCACAAAAUGUGUGUCACACAUGAUAUUUUUGAUAUCAAUAAUAGCAUAAGCCCCUAAUAUACAGCAUAAUAUAAGAUUUUUUACACACUUGAAAUUUACUUAUACUUUUGUUAGAGGAAGUGUGUUCUUACUAAGAAAUCACUCUUUUGUACUGUUUGUCAUUAGGGAAAAGAUUUGGUGGACUAGAAAGUUUCUGUUGAACAGAACAGUUUCUGGUGGACAGUUUCUUUUUGAAGAUAAUUUAUCUCCAGAUGUCCUUGACUCACGUGCACACAGAGCAUGGUGACUAAUUGCUGCUACCACUUAUGCAAGGAUCCGCCAUACAAAGUGGAAGAGUCUGGAUACGCUGGCUUUAUCCUGCCUAUUGAAGUGUACUUCCGAAAUAAGGAAGAGCCGAAAAAAGUGCGCUUCGACUACGAUCUGUUCCUGCACUUGGAAGGUCAUCCCCCUGUCAAUCACCUGCGCUGUGAGAAACUCACCUUCAACAACCCGACAGAGGAGUUCCGCAGGAAGCUGCUAAAGGCCGGCGGGCAACGAGAUCCUCACAAAAGAAGUUCGGAGGACUCUAAAGUGAUGGUCAUGCAGGAAGGCUCAACGUCUCUGUUUGGUCAGCACCUUAAGCUGCCCACUUUACCCAGCAGCUCACUGACCCUGAACUUCUCUGAUGGCAAAAAGAACAAGUCCUUUUCAGGAGCAAAGGACGGGUCCAAAAGCGGUAGUGCCCUCACCAUCACCACCACCAACAACAGCAUCAGCAGCAGCUCACUCAAACUCCACAAGCCAUCCAAGGAGCACAAGGACAAGCCUUCCAAAGACUCGAAAGAGUCCAAAAGUGCCUUCAGAGACUUCAGCAGGGACUCGGGCAAAGUCUCCAAAGACUCCUUGAAGAAACCCAAAGAGAACCAGCCGCUGCGUGAUGAGCAGCCCAUCCCUAAGAUGGGUUUCAAAGAGCCCAAGGCCAUAUCAAAGGAACACCGGGCAACUGAGGUUAGCUUCUCAAGCUUGGGCCAAAAUAAGCGAAGGCCCUCGAUGGAUGAUGAAGCCCACAUUACCAAAAAACAGAAAGGAAGUUUUUCAGAGUCGUCGCAGAAGCUCCAGUCCAGUUCCAGCUUGAUCCAGCCUCACCACUCAGAUAAAAGGGCUCUAAAGGACAAAUCGCAGGUCCGGCAUUCCAAGUUAAGAGAUAAUGACCUGUCUGAGAGAAGGAAGGUGUCCACGUUGCCUCCUUUUCAGGAUGUGUUGGACCCAAAUGACUCUGAUAUGGAUGACAACAUUUCUGCUAAAUACGACUCAGAACAGCCCAGUCCUGCCAGCUCCAGCUCCAGUUCGAGUUCAGGAUACAGACCUACACACAAGCGACAAGUGCUAGGUCCUUUACAGACAAUAAUACCAGAUUUGCACUCGGAUGAAAAUGAAGACGAGUCAGAGGAGGAAGAGGACAACGACUUGGACUCAGACAUGGAGCGCCCCUUACACACACACAUGACGCAUCGCCAUCGCAGGGUGAGUUUGAGUGACGGCAGUGACAGUGAGAAUAGCUCCACCUCUUCACCACUCCCACAUAAUGAGACCCCGCCUCUUCUGAAGGCCAGCAAUAAUCAGAUUCUAGAAGUGAAGAGUCCCAUGAAGCAGACAAAAGUGGAUAAAAACAAGAAUGUCGACUGUGACAAGGCAUACUUGGAUGAACUGGUGGAGCUCCAUAGAAGAUUAAUGACACUGAGAGAGAGGCACAUAUUACAGCAGAUUGUAAACCUCAUCGAAGAAACCGGACAUUUUCACAUCACAAACACAACCUUUGACUUUGACCUUUGCUCCUUGGACAAAACCACGGUUCGAAAGCUGCAGAGCUACCUAGAAACUUCUGGAACAUCUUGAAGACGUGUGCAGCUGGCUGCCAUGAGCAGGAACACCAGACCUCCUGAUUGUCCUCCUGAUUUUGUCUCAAUCAACUUGUGGCAAUGUUAUGGAAUCAGCUUCAUCGAGAGGUCCUGGAGCUCCUUUCCUCUCUCUGUGUGCCUCAGAGAUGGAUGUGAGAUUCUUCCUGUCCACCAGGACUUCACCUGAAAAGCCUUGAAAAGUCCAACAUUGCCAAAAAGGGAAUAACAAGUUCAUGCGCCAAAAAAAACAACAAAAAACAAUGUGCAUAUUGUUACGCUGUAUGAAUGAUGUUUGGUUCUGUUCUUUGUGAUGAAUGCAUGUCUCAACACUGCCUUACACCAUUGUCUAUUUAUUGAGUAUGAGUUUCAAGUGUGUGUGUAUGUGUGUAAGAGCAAAUGAUAUUAAACUUGUGCAAGCACUUGGGCACAGUCAUGUCAUUGGUGUUUUAAGGUGGUUGAAGUGUUAGAUUUUGCUCACCAAGUCUAACAAUUACAUCCAGUGUGAAAUGAAGAACAAAUUAUCCGUGACAUAUUUACGAGACUGUUUGGACAUUUAAAGGCACUGUAGAAAUUGUGGUUUUAGAGGUAAGCACCAUUCUUGGGCUUACUGCUGUUUCCAGAAAAAGCAAUGUCAUGAAACAAAACUUUCAUGGGGAGAAUCAAAUACUAUUUUUAAGUGAUUGCACAUGAAGGCAGUACCAACAUUGGAAUAAUUGAGUUAUGUCACCAGUAUUUGUACUGGUCAGGACUGAGCUAAAAACAGUGAUUGAUUUUAAGGCCAAAUAUGCUUACAUAGUAAGACUAUGUUUCAGUUGAAAGCUGUCUUAUUGAAUUUGUUAAUGUUAUUUAUUUCAUAGGGACCACAAUCGCUUUGCUUCUGUCUUGGCUGUCUCUAAACCAGUGGGAACUGGUUAUGGGUCUUUUGGAAAUUUUAGUUUGUCAGAAUUAAUUUUUUCCCCACCAAGUUUACUUUUCAGGUCCUCUGAACUCUUCUUUAACAGCUUGAUCAUUGCUUGAUUGCUAGAUGUCAGUGUGGGCAGAUUGUACAGUUGAGCUGUAGGCUUGAUGGUUGAGUUAUGCCUUAAGGCAAGACCAGUAUCUUUAGAUGGGUUAUUUUAAAUCAAAUUAAUACAUCUGUAGGAGCUACAGAUUACUUUGGUGACCUGACAGGGAGGGGGCUGAAUUAUUGGCACUGUGUGUAUUUAAAAAAAAAAAAAAAAAAAAAAAAAAAAAGUGUACGAAUUUUUCAUAUUUGCAUUUUUGUAUUGUGUUUGUUUUUUGAAUGAAAUCAAACUUUGUAUACUUUUUUCUGUCUGGAUUUCCCUGAUUUGAGUUUCUCAACCCAAAGAACCUUUAGUUAAGCUAUCAUUAUAUAAUGUUUAUAUGUGUAUAAACUUUAUAUGUGAUAAAAACUGAAUAUCUUUCCUUUCUUGGAAGGUACUGACCUGAUUCCAGCAGAACAUUUUUUUUUUAUCCUAAUAUAAAAUCCAAACAGUCUG